CCAAGCUCAACGCCGGCCCGGAUCCAAAACGACAGGCGCGUCGCUGCCUUUUGCAAUUGCAUCGGCGCAGUCGAUAGGACAUAUUUUCAUAUUCAUGUGCCAGCUAGUAACCAGGAACGUUUCCGCAAUCGUAAGGGGUUAGUACUGGUGGGAUAGGAGGUCUCGGCCCAUGACGGUCAAGUAUACCAAGACGCGCUCUGGCUUGGAUUUCAUGCACCUGACGACCGCAAAUGCUACCUGGCGGACGCUGGAUAUGCCAAUAGUGGGAUAUUGCUCUCACCGUUUCGACGCGUCCGCUAUCAUUUGCAAGAGGUGGGGGCUCUGGACUACACACCACAAAACCCACGAGAGGUAUACAAUCUCCAGCACUGGCGGCUGCGUAAUAUGGUGGAGCGUACCUUUGGUGUCUUCAAAUGGCGGUGGCGGAUAUUUCAUCGUGCGCAUGAGUUUUCAAUCAGAAGAUCCCAUUAAGGCUGACGAAAUGCUUGUACGGAGGAAUCAAAUUGCAGAAGGACUCUGGAUCAGUGAUGUCCAAGAGCAGCAGGAGCGGCGGCGGCGGCAGCGACGACAGAAGCGACAGCGGGAGUAGUAGGCCGCGCGGACAGCAAAAAUUUGGCAUCAGUAGUAAAAGUGGGAGUUAGGAGU